UUUUGUUUGCUUAAGUGUUGGGUCGAGCCCAUCGAUAAGGGCCCAUGGACAACUCUCUUGUAGACGGCCCAAUAUCACUUUCAAGCUCACGUAUCAGCCCAUCCGAUUCCUUUUUAUUUACUGAUUAUUAUUUUAUUAUUAACUAAUUAAUAACAGAAAAUUGCUCCGAUCGAAUAACCGCUCUCUCUUUCCCUCUUCUCUUUCUCCCGCCGACGCGGCGACCGUCGUACGUUCUCGCGCUUCUCUCAAAUCACUCGUAUUCGAUUCAAACCCUAACGCAGCCAAUUAACCACUCUAUCACUCGACGGAGACGGAAUAUCCCGACAGCCGGCGCUUCCUAUCCGUCUUCUCUUUCGCGAUUCGGAAUAUCAGCAUUCAGAGAAAAACGCGCGCCCACGUGCAAUAGAUUGACAUUACUGUUCUUGUUGGAACUUUCCUUAUCUCCGGCGUGAAGGCAGAGAAAGAACGAACUUACCUUUUUUCCGUUAGGCGGCGGUUGAAACGUGAAUCGACGUCCCGAGGUUCCGAUCUCAGUCUAGCCCAGGGUGCGCAACUUCCGCACAGGUCGGUUCCUCUCCGUUUCCAAGCUAUAGGCGAACUAGAACUACUAGUUUACGGCGAUUUUGAUCUAAUUACACGGCGGUGCGCCUCUGAUAUGUCGACUAGUGAUCUAGGAGCUUGUUUUGGAAAUGUCCUGUAGUGACGGUUUUGAACUUUCAGAGUAUUUGGUGAAACUCGCUCGGUGGCAUUGUUUGGAAUGUGCUGUGUGUGGAUUCAGGUUACAACAUCGUAGUUGGAAUGGAAGACAUGGAUUUCCUUUCCAUUUUGUGUCUUCUGAAUUUGAGAAUGGUGUUGAAUUGGUGGUGCAGAUGAGUCUCGUGGCCGAUUCUCCGGUGAGCUCAUCUGGCAGUGAUGAUUUUGCUGAAUUCCUUGACGGUCAUCUGGAUGCCGGAUCUGAGAAUGAAGACGACGGAGAAGCUAAAAGGGAGGUUGCUUCUGGUUCUUCAUCCUCCUCUUCGAGCGAGGAAGAAUUCGAAGAUGAUGAUCAACCUGUAAGCAAGAGGACAAAGAUACCAGAGGCGGAGAUAGUGCAAAAUGGAGAUGGUCUUGAGGGGUCAGCUUCCCAUGUUAUCGUAAAGCAGAACUUGGAGACAUCAUCCAGUGCAUCUGUCAGCAAGAAUGAAUGUGCACAUCCAGGGUCUUUUGGUAAAUUGUGCGUACGUUGUGGAGCACAGGUUGAGGUGGCUGGGGUAUCAUUUGGAAACAUACACAAGGAAAUCUUGUUCGGGAAUGCGGAAGUGGCUCGAUGGCGAGAUACUGAUACUAAGAGUGUGUUGUGCCGUCGGAAGCUUUAUUUGGUACUUGAUUUGGAUCAUACAUUGCUAAAUUCUACUCAUCUUAAGCAUAUGGUCCCAGAAGAAGACUAUCUAAAUAAUCAGAUAGACUCCAUACAAGACUGUCAAAAUGGAAGCCUAAUUCGGUUAAGCUUCAUGAACAUGAUGACCAAGCUUAGGCCCUAUGUGCACACUUUUCUGAAGGAAGCUAGUCAAAUGUUCGAGAUGUAUAUAUACACCAUGGGAGACAAGGCUUAUGCACUGGAAAUGGCCAAACUGCUUGACCCGAGAAAUGAAUACUUCCACACCAAAGUGAUUUCUCGCAACGAUGGCGCUCAGAGACAUCAGAAGAGUCUCGAUAUGGUGCUGGGAGAUGAAAGUGCAGUCCUCAUUCUCGAUGAUACCGAACAUGUAUGGCCAAGCCAUAGAGACAACUUGAUACUGAUGGAAAGAUACCAUUUCUUCGCCUCGAGCUGUCAGCAAUUCGGUUUCGGAUGUCAUUCCCUCUCUCAGCUGAAAAGCGACGAGAGUGAACCUGAGGGAGCACUUGCAGCUGUUCUUAGCGUCUUGAGGAGAGUUCACCAUAUCUUCUUCAACGAAUUGGCCGGCCAAACUGGUCGCAGGGACGUGAGACAGGUCCUGAACACUGUUCGUAAAGACGUGCUGAAGGGCUGCAGAAUCGUGUUCAGCAGGGUCUUCCCAUCCAAGUUUCCAGCAGAGAGCCACCCCUUGUGGAAGAUGGCCAUGAAUCUGGGAGCUACAUGCGCCACAGAAGUCGAUCCAACCGUGACCCACGUUGUUGCCAUGGAUCCCGGUACCAAGAAGUCCCGCUGGGCGCUGGAGAACGACAAGUUCCUGGUCCUCCCGCGGUGGAUCGAUGGGGCUAACUACCUCUGGCAGAGGCUGCCGGAGGGGAACUUCCCCGUGAAGAGCAAUGAACCCAAGGCAGAAGCAAAGGUCAAAGAUUCUGUUGUUUAGCGCUUUUAAGUUUAACCCGCUGACUCUUUCAUAGUUCUCACUCCCCUGAUGUGGGAGCCGUCGCCCGAUUGGACGACGCUUCAUCGUUGGAUAGAUGCGGUGACAUUUUAUUUAUAAAUUGUUAUCGCGUCUAUCCAACAAAGAAGAGUGGAUGGAACGCCUGAUCUAACGACUCCCAAACUUACUGUUCGAAUUUGAGCAUCGCCGGAUUGUUUCUUUAGAGAAUAGAGAACUAUUUUGUCUGACCUUUACUCACUGUAGUGAUUUGUCAUUUGUUACUGUAGAAAAUCCAAAUAUAUUGAAGAGAAAGCCUGAGGGUAUUCUGGUUGGUGGGCCGGUAUUGACCUGUUGGUGAAUCAUUCAUACGCGAGAGUUACAGGGCCGUGACCUGGGCCUGGAAAAGCCAGCCUGUUUAGCUACUCAUGGGCUCUCUUAGUGGGAGUAGAGGUUGUGUCGAUACUGGAUAGUGGAUCUCUCAGUGAGAAACUAGGGAUAGCAAUUGGUCGGGUUUUGCCGAAUUUAUGGGUUUAUCUGUGGAAAAAACCUGGGUAAAAUUCACUGGAUUUGAAAAACUCAAAUCUAAUAUAACCCGUUGGGUAUUCGAGGGUUAAUGGGUACUCAUGGGUUUUUGUCGUACAAAAUUUACAAUAACAAGUUUCUAUAAAAUAAAAGUCAAAUAUCAAUCUCUCAAUACAAAUUAUUCAUAAAGAAAUUCUAGAAAAUUCAAGCAAAUCACAAAUUAACCAUAUAAAUUGUUCAACACCAAUCUAGAAAACUAAAGAAAAUUGAAGCAAAUCACAAAUUAUCCAUAAACAACAUGAUUAAUUGAAAACUUAUUCCUCCUUGUCAAUUAAGCUUCUUCACUCUCCACUCGAUAAUAUCAACUUCAUUCUACACAAUUAGACAUAUCUCCACAAACAUAAAGAAGAUUAGUUGUUUAGAAUAUUAAAUAUACCGGGAAAAUUAAUUAUUUCAUUAUAUGGGUGUGGACGGAUACCCUUGGGGCAGGUUUACCUAAACUAAAAUUCAACCCAACCCGGUGAGUAGUGAACGGGUUUAAACCCGAACCCGGCCCAAAUCCUGUCAACACAGAUUUUACUCGCAUUGGCCGGAUUGGGUCGGAUUGAGUACCCGCGAGUUCGGGUUUUAUUGCCAUCACUAUGUGAAACAGUGGAAAGAAAAAUGGUCGGGAAACUAGAUUUAUGUUAUUUCAACUUUCAAGUGUCAAGAUUAGCUGCAUUUUUUAAUUAAAUUACACAUUAACAUUUCAUAUCACAAGCCUUCUCUUGUUGAAAGAAACCCAUAUCACAAGCCUUCUCUUGUUGAAAGAAACUUUGUGCUCGAGUUCAUGGAAUGCUGAUUUCGUGUUUCUUAUCAAGUUCGAGAACUUGUAUAUUCAAUUUUUCUUUUGUUUUAAACAUGUCUAACAUGUUGUUUUCUAUAAUACUCUUUAAAUCUUGUGUUUGUACACGAAAGUUGGUAUCGUACUGAUAUGCGAGGCGAUAUAAUCGAACAAUAAAAGUAUUGAAUAGAU